AUGGCCGACCGCAUACACGAGUCGGGCUGGACUCUGAAGCGCGUCGCAUCCACACACCACAUGGUGCACCUGGGCCGACCAUUAUUCGGCGCGAUGUACGACGCUGGUAGCGAGGCACUUCGAAAAAAUGUCGUCGACUUUGCGAAGAUCAAGCUAUUGUACUCAGAAGCCGACCCCGAGCUCCUGACAUCAGCCCAGUCGCUGGCGUGUAUUGGUGUACGUAUUCCAAUCGACUUCAAGGCCUAUGUUCCGGCCGACCUCGAGAAUGAACGGAUCCUGGUGGCGAGGCACCUGCGUUCGUUGCUUUACGCUGGCCGCCGGUUUGCGGGUGCGGUCAUGGCCUGUCCGUCCGAGCCGUUGCUUGCGGAGGCUGCCUAUAUGGUCCUGGCUCGCAAGCGGUGGUCCAAUGGCGAGGCGGUCAUGAGUCCCGCUCAAACGACGGACGCGCCAAGGCUUCUGGAGCCAAUACCCGCACUCUCGUAUCAUCUCAGUCACUCUCACCUGGAUUUGGGUACACGGGGAGAAACGGUCGCUGCUGUCCUGCUCCUUGAUGCUCGCGAUCGUGCGACGACCUUCCCCCUCGCCCACGGCGAUCUAUCGCCCGGGACGGACGACACUGAAGACGACGAGGAUCUUAGAUACGAUGGCGUUCGGAAGCGUCGAAUUGUCACCGUGACGCAGUUCCUGAGGGCACUCCUAGCAAAGCCUUGUCACGACAUCAUCCCCGCCGAGUAUCACAAGCCCGAAGACGCCGGCGUACCGCUGGAAACCGCCUUCAAGGACUGUUUUGUCUACUUCAACCACUUUAUCAAGGCCGCCAGCUCCGACAUGGUGAACCAGAGAUACCUGAGACUCGCCAUGUCACGCGGCGCGGCGUUCAUCUGCGCGGACAGCCAGGGCGGCAUCGACAUCAUCAUCCCGUGUCUGUUCGGUACUGUACUGGUGCGAGAGAAGGUGUCCGCCAUCAUGAUCCAGGUGAAGAACGAUACACGAUGUACGGCGAAGGUGGACCCUGUCUUGUUCGCCAGCAUGGACCCGUACAGAUGCGGCGUCUUCGACAGCGGUGUGAAGGAUCCGCCACCGGUUCUACGCAUCGUCUUCGCGCUUGCGUCGCGCGAGUCGUCUGUGACAGCCGCGUCGCGAUGGCAGCGUGCGUCGACUAGCAGUAUAAGGCCGGCUAGGUUCACUGCAUAUGACAUCUGGUGCGCCGGAUCGGGUCCAUCGACAUUCGGAGUCGUCCAACGGGGCGAGGCGGAUGUGCUGGACAACCUCCUCAAGACUCUGCGUGGCCCGGGCGACGUCGAGCGGUUAUACAACGACGACGUGUCGGUCAGUGUUGUUCGGGCAAUGCGACCGAUGACAUCGACAGACUGCAGCCACUUUGAUCGGUGGGUUGACCGCGCAAAGGAUACAAUCGGGAAGGAGCAAGAACUUCUGGAGCCGGAGCCUGAGGACGCGGUCGCACCAGCAGAGUUAAUGAUGGUGUCCUCAUAUACUGCGUCUGUUAUGUAG